AUGGCCCAGUUCCAGCAGCCUUUCCACUGCUUGCAGUAUGUCCAAAGACAACCCACGGAUCUCCUCAUUGGCUCGGCCGGCCAAAGAAUCUACUCCUACGCUGCGCCCACUGGCAAGCGCCUCGAUGUGUGGCCUCAGAAUGUAGACUCGGCAAAUUCUGCUUCAGGAGAUCAGGCGCCGCCUGAGAAACGGAGAAAACUGUCUGCCGAGGAGAAAUCGGAUAAGCCGACGUGGUCCACCAUCCCCAUUUUGAAGGUGUCUCCCGACGGAAAGCACGUAGUGGCUGUCACGGCAGAGGACAAGAGUAUCCGUGUCCUGCAGCUGGACGAUGAUGGAACACUGCAGCAAUUGAGUUCGCGGACAAUGGCCAAGCGACCCAGCGCAUUAGCUUUGACUCCAGAUGGCAAGACCAUCAUUUGCGCUGACAAGUUCGGGGAUGCCUACUCUCUUCCGCUGAUUCCCAGCACGGAUUAUGUGCCGGAGGUGCAAAGCGAGGCGAAACCAUACAAGCCGGCGGCAACAUCGCUCACCGUGCACACGAAGCGCAAUCUCGAAUCCUUGGAGCAACAGAAGCGCCAGGCUGAGCUGAAAGCAAAGAAAGUGGAAGAGAAGACUGCUCUCGCCUUCGAACACCAGGUGAUCCUGGGCCAUGUUUCUUUGCUGACGGAUUUGAUCUGUGUUCCUUCUCCGACAAACCCUUCGCGGAGUUAUAUCCUGACUGCGGAUCGUGAUGAACAUAUCCGCGUGUCUCGCGGUGUUCCACAAGCGCACGUCAUUGAGCAGUAUUGUCUGGGCCACACGGCCUUUAUCAGCAAGCUCUUUGUUCCCUCGUGGGCUCCAGAGCUUCUCGUCUCAGGUGGCGGGGACAACUAUCUAAUGUUGUGGGAAUGGACUGAGGGACGGAUGCUGCAAAAGGUCCCGUUGCUUGACCCGUCGGAGGCCACGGAAGUCAUUGUGCGUGGGAUCUGGGAAGUUUCGUUUGCACAGGUAACGGGCUUGGGUGAUCCGCUACGGGCUAUUCUGGUGGCACUUGAAGGGUCCUCGCAACUUCUCUGCUUCACGCUCGAAAAAGAAGGAACACUGAAGCAGCAGAUCCCCAUCCAGCUUUCUGGGAAUGUGUUGGAUCUAGUUGUCAUCGAGUCGCGCAAAGAGAUUGCCGUCUCCGUUGAUACGGUGCAUCAGCAGAAUUCCACGGAUACGUGGAAGCCGAGCGUCGAGUCGCCGCAGAUGCUUCUUGAAUGCCUCCGGGCCGAGAACCAGGCGGAUGGCUUGCAUUGGAUUCCGUCUCAUGAUCCUCUCGCCGGUCAAAUCGCCUCGCAGGGUACUACUGGGCUGGGAGAGGCGCUGGAUGACAAGCAGAAGAAGGAGCUGACCGGUUCGCUGUAUAGCCUGGGCAACCUGCGCAAGCGAUCUUGGGACGAAUAA